AUGUUUAUAAAUAGAUUUAUAAAUAAAAUUUCAAUUUCGGGAAAAAAUUUAAUAAAUAAAAGAAAUGAAAAUAUUUUUAGACAAAUUAAUUUGUAUACAAUAAAUCAACAAAAAAGGGAAUUUUUUACAAAAAUUGAACAAAAUGAAUUAGGUGUUAGAUAUACGUUUGGUAAAAUUGGUAAAAAAAUACUUGGACCGGGUUUAAGAUUAAUGGUACCAUUAAUUCAUGAUAUUGAAUUAUUCGAUACAAGAUCUAGUACUCAACAUUUACCAAAACAAACUUUGGUAACAUUAGAUGGUGUUGUUUUAUCAAUUGAUUCAAUUAUACAAUACAAAGUAGUUGAUCCAUUGAAACUAGUUCAAGAUUUAAAAGAUCAUGAUGAAUCAAUUGAAAAUUUAGUUCAAAUCAAGUUAAUUGAAAUGGUGCCAAAGAAAACAUUGGCUCAAUUACUAUAUGAACGUGAUGGUUUCAAUAAAGAAUUGGUCGAUUCGGUUAAUGAAACUUUUGAAUCUUGGGGAAUCAAUUUGGAAUCUUUCACUCUAAGUGACAUAAUUUUCACUCAAGAUGUUUCAAAUGCAAUGUCAAAAAAAGUUGAAGCUGAAUUUAUAAAAGAUUCAAGACUACUUUUAGCUCAAUCUGAAUUAAUUUCUUCAAAAAUAUUAGUAGAAGCAGCUAGUGAACUUGAAAAAUCACCAUUUGCAAUGAGAUUACGUGAAUUAGAAUCUAUCGAAUCAAUUUCAAAAGAUCCUUCAAAAUCAUUUAUUUUUGUACCAACUUCAAUUAUUGAUACAUUUUCAAGAGUAAUAAAUAAUAAAAACACUACUAAUAGUGUUAAUGAAGAUAAUAAUAAUAAUAAUAAUAAGAAUAAUAAUAAUAGCGAUGAGGUUAAAAAAAACAUAGAAAAAUAA